ACCUAUGGGAAUAAAAUAUAACAGAUGAACAAAAAACUAUUAAUGUUUUGAGAUGCUUAAAAAUAAAUGCUAAGUCAUUCAUCUUAAACUUGAAAAGCCCUAUACAAUAUGCUACCAUAAUGUACCCUACUUUGGAUUUACAAAAUUUUGCCUUGAAAGAAAAUGGAGUACAUUUGGUUGUUGUCAUUAAGUAUUAAGAAAUGGCAUUCAUGAUAUUUUGGAGUUGAUAAUUUUAAUACACUUCCUUGUUCUGACCUAGAUUGGGUAGAUAACUUCAAAUUAAGAGCAUACUCUUUUUUGUUAUAUAUGGUAAUAAAGCUUCCCAGUCCAUUUUACUUUACUUUAAUAUUCAAUAUGCAAAAGGUCAUAUUUGUAAUAAUCAUUAAAUAAUGGGUUAUUUUUGUAACUGUUUUGAUGAUCCUCGAAAGUCUUGGGAAAGCAUAGAAUUGCUGCCAGCAAAGGACUGAACACGUACGUGACCAAUUUUCUGAAGACAGAAGAUGCCAUUGUUAAAGUCAGGAUUUUCUAUGGCCAAUUCAAAUAUGCUUGUUAUCCAGAUUCAUGUGUAGAUUUGGUCUUCAGUGUUACUAUAUAUGUUUCCAAAUUUUGAAUUUAGCUCUUUCCUUGCAUUCCUAGUGUUCUCACAGAUUGCAGCCGAGCUUUUUGUUCAUUUGCCAUUUUUACUGGCACUUCUAAUAUCUGAAUCAGAGCUUUCUCUAUCAGGUAUUUCACUGCCCAGAUUUCUUCCCACCUGCACAACAGGUGGAUUUCAUGAGGGAUUAAUUCAACAACGUUCAACAAGCCCUUUUCUGAAUUUAGUGCAGGAUAUAGUGAUAAGUUCAAAAGAAUUUACAAUCUAGAGUGCUCAGGGAGAGGAACACACAUUGCACUAGAAACGAGACAAUUACAAAAUAACUUAAGUACUGCACUGGCGGUGAGGAAGUGAUAUUCCAGGAGAAUUUAGUUAGGGAACAUGAGUGGUUAGCACUGACCUACAGUAUAGGGUCUCCUAAUUCUGAACAACAGGUUCUAACAUUUUAGCCUUAUACAUUAGAACAGGUUUACAUUAGACUACAGUCUAGCUUGAGACAGAAUUGUAGAAUUGGACUCUUGGAUAUUCAGAAAACAUUAAGUACUCUAGGACAAACUUGUUUGUCUCUACUUAAUCAUUUGCUUUUCAAUGGGGCAUCAAAGCACACUAAAAGAACGGAGGAACCUCUGUGCUGUUUUGAGUACUGCAAAAGCAAAGGGUUUUUUUGGGGGGAGGGGCGUAGACACUAUAUUGCAAGAUCCCAAUAGGGGCAUGUUGGUCGAGAAAAUUUGAAUGGAUUCUCAAGAUAUGGUAUGAUAGAACUUUUAACCUUAAAAUGAAUCCCAAGCAAACAUUUGCAGCUACACGUACUUGAUGAAUUGGUAUAGCUGUGGACCAACUGUAUAUGAUCAUGCACACCUUGGCCAUGCUUGCUCAUAUGUGAGAUUUGACAUAAUUCGAAGGAUCCUAACCAGAGUUUUUGGAUGCAACAUAGUCAUGGUGAUGGGUAUUACAGAUGUGGAUGACAAAAUAAUCCAACGGGCCAAUGAGAUGAACAUAUCGCCCGCUUCUCUCGCCAGUCGUUACGAGGAAGAUUUUAAGCAAGACAUGGCAGCCUUGAAGGUGCUGCCGCCCACAGUGUAUCUGAGGGUCACCGAAAACAUUCCUCAGAUCAUCUCUUUCAUCGAAGGAAUAAUUGCUCGUGGGCACGCCUACUCCACGGCAAAAGGCAAUGUCUACUUCGAUCUGAAGUCUAGAGGAGACGAGUAUGGCAAACUAGUCAGCGUGGCCCUGGAUCCGGUUGGAGAGCCAGCAGGUGAUUCUGACAAGCGUCACGCCGGUGAUUUCGCUUUGUGGAAGGCAGCCAAACCCAAGGAGGUUUUCUGGGCCUCUCCGUGGGGGCCUGGAAGACCUGGCUGGCACAUCGAGUGCUCUGCCAUGGCAAGUAUGGUGUUUGGAAGUCAACUGGAUAUCCACUCAGGUGGGAUAGAUUUAGCUUUUCCACAUCAUGAAAAUGAAAUCGCACAGUGUGAGGUCUUUCAUCAGUGCAAGCAAUGGGGAAAUUAUUUUCUGCAUUCUGGGCAUUUGCACGUGAAAGGCAAAGAAGAAAAAAUGUCCAAAUCAUUAAAAAACUACAUUACUAUUAAGGACUUUCUGAAGACGUUUCCCCCCGAUGUCUUCCGGCUCUUCUGCAUGCGGAGCAGCUACAGGUCAGCCGUCGACUACAGCGACAGCGCCGUGCUCCAAGCCCAGCACCUGCUCCUGGGGCUGUGCUCCUUCCUGGAGGACGCGCGCACCUACGUGAAGGGGCAGCUGGCCUGUGGCCCCGUCCAGGAAGCCCAGCUGUGGGAGCGACUCUCCAGCACCAAGGGGACCGUGCAGGCCGCGCUGGCAGAUGACUUUGACACACCCAGGGCCGUGGACGCCAUCCUGGGCCUGGUGCACCAGGGGAACAGACAGCUCAGGGUGGCUCAGAGCCCCUGCGGUGCUUCCUUACAGGAACCUGGGGGGCCCAGAAGCCCGGCCGUGUUCGGUGCCAUUAUCUCCUACAUCGAACAGUUUUUUGAGAUCGUUGGAAUAUCUCUGGCAAACCGACAGUGUGUUCCAGGAGACAGCAGCGCGGCCACCCUGCACGGCGUGGUGGAGGAGCUGGUGCGGUUCCGGCAGAGGGUCCGGCAGUUCGCACUGACCACACCAGAGGCCACCAGGGAGGCCCGACAGCAGCAGCUUCAGGAGAGGCAGCCCCUGCUGGAGGCCUGCGAUGCCCUGCGCCGGGACCUCGCCGCCCAUGGCAUCAACAUCAAGGACAGAAGCAGUACAGCCUCCACGUGGGAGCUGCUGGGUCAAAGGACAAAAGGCCCCAAACCAGGGAGCUGAUGGAGCGAAGCCAGGCCCGCCUGCUCACGCUGCAGCCUCCGUGCUUCCUUACCAUGCAAACUUUAUAUUAAAGUUUCUAUUGUGGCUGUUCAGCCAGCAUUAAAACAGAGCAAACCGA